UUAGAUAGAUCGAUUAACUGGUUGUUUGGUCGUUGGGAUAUUCUAGGUUUUGUCGAGAUUGGUGAUUCAACCAAUUUUGGAAAAAUGUCUAAAAAGUUAUUAAUGUUGUUGCCUCACGGUGCAGAAGAAAUGGAGUUUGUUAUUACCGUCGACGUGCUGAGAAGAUGCGGGGUAGUUGUAACAGUGGCAGGACUUGGGGAUACUCAAAUCAAAUGUUCGAGAGAUGUGAUUAUUAAUGCAGAUACUACAUUCGAAGAAGCUGCUAAGGACGAAUAUGAUGCUAUUGCACUUCCCGGUGGGUUGGGUGGUUCAACAGCUAUGUCAGAAUCCUCCCUACUGGGCGAUGUUUUAAAAUCUUUCGAAUCUAAAGGAAAGGUGAUUGCAGCAAUUUGUGCAGCCCCAACAGUACUGCUAACACACUCGAUUGCUUUAGGAAAGUCGCUCACAUCGUAUCCUUCCUUUAAAUUUCAGCUUGCUGAAAAAUAUAAAUACAUCGACGAUAAAAGUGUCGUCGUUGACGGCAAUCUAGUAACCAGUCGUGGUCCUGGAACGGCGUUCGAUUUUGCUUUGAAGCUAGGAGAAAUUUUAGUGGGCUUAGAUAAAACAAAGCAGGUUGCCUCUGGUAUGCUCUACAAUGUUAAUUAAAAAGAUUGAUUGAAAAGUCUUAUGUAUACGCUUUCGAAAAAAAACUAUCACAUCUAUUUUGUAACGCGAUCAGAUCCGUUCGGAUUAGAAAUUUCGUUCCUAUCUGAAUCAAACUGUAUGCUAUGGGCGCUCUUAAAAACAUGUUGACUGGUCUACUUUUGGUGUAUAUUGGAUAAAGUAAAAUCCAAUGAAUUAAGAAUAGCUGCGUCACGUCGCAUGCAGAAAUAUUCAGCCAACCCUGUUUUCAUAUACAAGAUCAGUUUUAAAUAAAUUCUAGGAUCGUUUAAAUUUGUGGGAUCC